ACCCUUUCUUCACUUCCACACUCUCUCAGUCCCAAAUUGAAGGCAUGAAGACAAAAUCCCCCUUCUUCCUCGCUCUCCUCCUCCUUCUCCUAUCCAUAUCCGCCGAAUCCCUCCACCACCACCACCACCACCAACACCCCAACUGCAACGCCGCCGCCGACCGCAGCUCCACCCUCCAAGUGUUCCACAUUUUCAGCCCCUGUUCCCCCUUCCGCCCCUCCAAGCCACUGUCAUGGGCCGACAAUGUGCUCCAAAUGCAGGCCAAGGACCAAGCCCGCCUCCAAUUCCUGUCCUCCCUUGUCGCCCGCAAGUCCGUCGCCCCCAUUUCCUCCGCCCGCCAGCUCAUCCAGAGCCCCACCUUCGUGGUCCGGGCCAAGAUCGGCACCCCUGCUCAGACCCUCCUCAUGGCCCUCGAUACCAGCAACGACGCCGCUUGGAUUCCCUGUUCCGGCUGUGUCGGCUGCCCUUCCACCACCGUCUUCUCCUCCGAUAAGUCCUCCUCCUUCCGCCCCCUCCCCUGCCGAUCCCCUCAAUGCAACCAGGUACCGAACCCCAGUUGCAGCAGUAGCUCGUGCGGCUUCAACUUGACGUACGGAAGCUCGACUGUAGCGGCGGAUCUGGUUCAAGACAACAUAACUCUGGCCAACGACUCGGUUCCGGCUUACACAUUUGGGUGCAUCACGAAGGCGACGGGUAGUUCAGUGCCGCCGCAGGGACUAUUGGGCCUGGGUCGAGGCCCAUUAUCGCUUUUGGGCCAGAGCCAGAGUCUGUACCGGUCCACAUUCUCGUACUGCCUUCCGAGCUUCAAAUCGACCGGCUUUUCUGGGUCGUUGCGUCUUGGGCCUGUGGCCCAGCCCAAGAGGAUUAAGUACACGCCGCUGCUCCGAAACCCGAGGCGGUCGUCUUUGUAUUAUGUGAAUCUAAUCGCCAUCAGAGUCGGCCGGCGAAUCGUCGAUAUUCCUCCCUCUGCUCUUGCUUUUAACUCCGCCACCGGCGCCGGCACCAUCAUCGACUCCGGGACGACAUUCACAAGGCUGGUGGCACCGGCGUAUACGGCGGUGAGGAACGAAUUCCGGCGAAGAAUAGGCAACGCAACCAUCUCAUCCCUCGGCGGCUUCGACACGUGCUACACAGUCCCCAUCAUCUCUCCCACCAUAACCUUCAUGUUCGCCGGAAUGAACGUCACUCUUCCGCCGGACAACUUCCUCCUCCACAGCUCCGCCGGAACCACCACCUGCCUCGCCAUGGCCGCCGCCCCGGAUAACGUCAACUCCGUACUCAACGUCAUUGCCAGCAUGCAGCAGCAGAACCACCGCAUUCUCUUCGACGUUCCCAAUUCCCGAAUCGGCGUCGCCCGCGAACCCUGCUCUUAAACCGCCGUCGUCCGCCGUAUCAUCUCCAGCUCCGGCGAUAUUUAUUUUUGUUGGUUUUAGAAUAAUAAGAAUGUGUGGUCAUUAUGGUUUGGUGGGGGGAUGGGGGAAAGGGUAAAGUAGUAAUUUUACAUGGCUGUUUUUAUAGUUGUGUUGUUUGGGAUUCUUAAGGUUUUAGCUUAUUAUAUCAUGGAUGUCUUAAAAGCAAAGCUUUUUUUUUUU